CUUUAAAUAUCUGAAUUAAUAUUCAUUAUCUUUGUGAAUGACUAUAUUCACACAUGUCAUAUGUAAAAAUAAAAUAAAAAAUGCGAGUAGAUAAGGCAAAGUAAACAGUAAAUCUGGAAAGUAAAAAAAGAAAAAAAAGUUAGAUUGUGAGGUGUGGGGUGGAGUUAGUUAACUCUCCAUAUGAGCUGGAUCCACUCUUUCAGGAGUGUCCCACCCCACUUUUUUUUCAAAUAGAAAAAAAAUUAUUAUUCUUUAUAAUUUCUUAUAAAAUAUGGGUCAAUUACACAAAUGACUGCUCAAUUUGGGGUCAUAACAAAUUGGUCCAUCGAUGUUGACUUUAAUUAUUCGAAUUAAUUAAUAUUAUCAGCCACUUCAUGUUCAUUCUCUUUCUGCCAAUUUAACGAUUAAAUAGAUGUAUACCUUCCGGUGAAGCUAGAGAUAGGGAUUUAUAUCCGACUCGAACAAAUUCCAUAAGAGAAAGUCAUCAACCACCAUGAAUUAUUGCAUUAGUAAGGAAUAACGGUGCAAUCAAGCUGGAAUCAUGAGAUUGUGAAAAUUAGAGGCCUAUAGUUUCACAUUUUAUGGUCAUCACAUCAAUAUUUUGCAUGAGGUAUUAAGCAAGCUGUUUCAUUUCCAAUCUGCUUCACAAAAUUUCAAGAUGGAUGUCCUGUCUUUAUUUCAGCGCCUUCAAGUUCGUUCACACAACAUUCCCAUCUCCAUUAGAUCAUCAUUGGCCUUUGCAACUUGAAUAGAGGAUAAUUUGAAACCUAGUAACAAAAUUAAGUGUUUGUGCGACCGUUUUUUACCACCUGGUGAGUUUGACAUACCGAGUUGACCAAGUGGAAAAAGAAUCUAAUGAAGAUCGAGCGACGAUGGGGAGUUAUUUUACUUACUCAAAACUUUGGUGACGAUGCCAUUCAAGUAUUAAAAGUUUGAUGACCAAUAUGUAAGUGACUAUAAAGUUUAGUGACCUGUAAUCCACGCUUAUGCAAAGCCCAGCAAAACAGAUGAACUGAGUUUCAAGCUCAUACAAAGCCAUGUCUUAUCACAAAAAGGAAAACAAAAGAAAAUAAUAACUAAAAAUUUCCAUUUGCUUUCCCCCCUCUCCUCAAUAAUUAAUUAAAUAUAUAAAAUAAUAAUUCAUUUUCCCAUAAAAACAAUAAUUGAUUUUUCUUCCACCUUAUCAAAUAAUCCAAAAAAAAAAAAAAAAAAUUCAGCUUCACCUCAUUCAUUUUCUUCCCUCUUUCUCUUCUUUCUUCCCCUAUUCUCUCCAACAGUUCUCGAGCUUCAGUUUUUCUUUCCCCUUUCUUUUCGCUCUCUUCCUUAGAACUCUCGGAGAGAGAGGUUGUCUUCUCGCUCGCCUUAACCUUUCUUCUUCUCACUUUCCUUUUCCCCUAUUCCUUGAUGCCAACUUCCAACUUCAAGCUAAUGUGAAAUUCUCGCUUUCCUCUGUUCUGUCUCUCCUUUAAUACUACCUCUCUUUUUACUGCUUCGUUCUUUCAAUUGCUGUGUGUGGUGGGAUCACACCGUUUGUCUUUUCCCGCUUUGGGUUCCUGCGGGGAGAAAAGGAGUAGAGAAGUAUGAAUCCCAGCAACGGAAAGGGAUCUGUCUCCACUAGCUCGAGGGUUAGCUGGAAAUCUAAUGAAGCCCCGGUUGCUGAUAAGUUUCCGGUGGGACUUCGUGUUAUGGUAGUAGAUGACGAUCCCACUUGCCUUAUGAUUCUGGAAAAGAUGCUCAGAACUUGCAAGUAUGAAGUGAAAAGAUGCAGUAGAGCAGAAGAAGCACUCUCAAUCCUAAGAGGGAAUAGUAAUGGCUACGAUAUAGUCAUUAGCGAUGUCCAUAUGCCAGACAUGGACGGAUUCAAGUUGCUGGAGCAUGUUGGUUUGGAAAUGGAUCUACCUGUUAUAAUGAUGUCCGCGGAUGACUCUAAGAGUGUGGUGAUGAAGGGAGUAACUCAUGGUGCUUGUGAUUACCUGAUAAAGCCGGUCCGGAUCGAGGCUUUGAAGAACAUAUGGCAGCACGUGGUACGAAAGCGGAAGAACGAGUGGAAGGAAGUGGAUCAGCAGUCUGGGAGUGCCGAUGAUGGGCAGCAGCCGAAGUACUCGGAGGAUGGCGAUUAUUCGUCCUCGGUCAAUGAGGGUAAUUGGAGAAACUCCAAGAGAAGGAAAGACGAGGAUGAGGAUGGAGAGGAUAGGGAUGAUACUUCCACGUUGAAGAAGCCUCGUGUUGUUUGGUCUGUCGAGCUGCAUCAACAGUUUGUUGGUGCUGUGAAUCAGCUUGGAAUCGACAAAGCCGUGCCAAAGAAGAUUCUCGAGCUGAUGAAUGUGCCUGGACUCACAAGAGAAAAUGUUGCUAGCCACCUUCAGAAAUAUCGAUUGUAUCUAAGAAGGCUAAGCGGUGUUUCUCCACACCAGAAUAAUUUGGGCAACUCUUUCAUGAACCCUCAAGACCCGGGAUAUGGACCAUUAUCAACGCUUAAUGGAAUCGACUUGCAAACCCUUGCAGCAACCGGUCAGCUGCCAGCACAAAGCCUCGCCACUCUUCAAGCAGCAGGAUUAGGUCGAGCAGUAGUAGCUGCCAAAUCCAGGAUCCCAAUCCCGGUGGUUGACCAGCGGAACCUCUUCAGCUUCGAAAAUCCUAAGCUCUCGUUUGGAGACACCCAACAACCACCACAACAUUUGAACAAUGGGGGGAAGCAGAUUAACAUGCUCCAUGGAAUCCCAACCAACAUGCAGCCCAAGCAGCUAGUGAAUCUGCAGCACCAGGGAAAUUCACUUCCCACUGUUCAGAAUGUUCAAAGUGUACAGAGUGGGUCUCUAUUGAUGCAAAUGACUGAUCAACCACCGUUGAGAGGGCAGCAGCCGAUGGGUAACUAUAAUUCAAUUUCUCAGUCUUCACCAAUGAUGAACUUAAGCAGCAGCUAUCCUCUCCCGAAUAUUCAAGCCAAAAGUGGAUUUCCAGAAGAUUUGACCUCAGAGAUGAAGGGAUCAACUCCAGGAUUCAUGCCUAGCUAUGACAUCUUCAAUGAGUUGAAUCACCAACAGAAGUCCCAUGAUUGGGAAUUGCAAAAUGUAGGGUUAACAUUCAAUGCAACUCAGCAAGCCAAUAAUAGCAUCGAUGUUCUCGGGACUUCAAUCGUAGCAUCUCAUCAUUCGGGCUUCUCGUCAUCGAGCCAAGGAAGUGGCCUGACCAGGAAUGCAUCUACUGUUCAUGCGAACAACAAUAACAAUGCAAUAAGCGUGGGUCAACAUCGUAUGAACAUUAAUAACUUCUACCCCGAUAAUAAUCCAGUUCGAGUUAAGCUCGAACCUCCAUUAUUUCCGGAGCAGUUUGGUCAGGAUGAUCUCAUGAGCGCUCUACUCAGACAACAGCAGGGACAGGGAGGGAUAGAACCGUUGGAGAAUGACUUUGACUUCGAUGGGUAUUCCAUCGACAAUAUUCCCGUCUAGGAAUGAACAAACAAGGUUUUAAGCACGCGUGACGAUCAAGUCCCUCAUGGCGAUGGCCACUGCUGAAUGUACAUACCUGCUGUUGCCUGUGGACCCUCCUGAUUUUUCUCUUCAAGGACAGCAGCAUAGAUAUUCAAAAGUUCUAGUAGCUUCUUGGUUAGGAGGAAAGAGUUUUCUGCAUUCGACGUAGCUGCAUUUCAUUUGUGAAUAUUUGAGGACAAGCUCUCUGCUGUGCUCUGCCGAAGGUGGUGACAUGUAGAAGAACAGGAACGAUCAAAAGGGUUACCACCACCAGCAGCAUGAUAUGCAAUAUUUUUGGAUGGAACUGUUUGGGAGGGAAAGUCCAGCAGAAGCAAAAGAGGAACCAAAAGAAAGCUAAUUCUUAGGAUGGUGGAAAUUUGUGGAGACUUUGUGGUUAUUUGGGUUAGAAAAAUUGAAAUUCAGUGAAGGAGGAUUAUAAGCUUUCAGUAGAAGAUUGCAGGAAGAAUGUAGGGCUGCCUUUUCUUUUUUUCCACUUUUCUAACUCUAAUAACACAUAUUGUCAGGA